AUGGCCCUGCCGGACCUGCCAUUCCUCCAGAAAGUACUCGAUGAGAAUGUUCAGUACUUGCGGACGAUACGUGCAAGUGACUUCGUUGACCGCCUCCAUCACAAAGUGACCCCACAACUACUCGCGUUGAUGGGAAUAUUGGUCUACGCCAAAUCGCAAGCGGGAUCACCGAUUCAUUGCAUUCUGCCGAAAGAAUUACACGAUGGCGGUUGGCAUAAGUACUUCCACGAAUACUGCUUUAUCUCGACUACCUACAACUAUCGCACGUUUCAUUCGCUGGCGGAUGUUCACGACCGCGUGGCGAAUAUUGAGACUGGCAAGGAAAUCAAUUAUUAUCAGUGGGUGCCGCUUUUCCUCUUCACCAUGAUAGCGUUUUUCUUUCUGCCGUACCUGCUCUGGCGUCGUGUUAUCGCCGUAAUAUGGAUGGAUAUUGAUUUGAUUUUGGGGCACGCGAAGGACUACUCGACAGAGCUGGACCCCGAAAAAAGAGCCGCACUCUCUUCGCAAAUUGCUGAAUAUAUUUAUCGUACAAACCGUUAUCAAGCCGAGAAGCGAGGCAGCGGCAUCGGAAGCAUCCUCUUUCAAAGGACGGCGACAUUGGGCUACAUGUUUCAUAAAGUGCUACUAAUUAUUAAUGUCGUAUUCCUGCUCGCGUUGGUCCGCUACUUCCUUGGAAUUCCUGUGAUGAGCUUUGGCGUUGAGCAAUUAUUUACGAUAUUCACACGAGCUGACGAUAACAUGGGCUAUGGCGUAUUCCCGAAGGUGGUGUUUUGCAAAACGAAUCGGAUUCAACCGCUUGGUGGUGCUGGGCACCUACUUGGCUACAACUUACAAUGCCUGCUGACGCUGAACUAUCUGAACGAAAAGGUCUUCAUGGCUUUAUGGUUUUGGCUGCUCUUGUUAUUAGCGAUCACAAUCGCGAACAUGAUGUCUUGGAUGCUUUACUUGCUUCGUGGCUUGACAAGUUCGCAUGAGAACCUGUUCGAGCACUCUGGUCGUAAGAUCAGUUUUCAUCGUUAUGUCGACAGCAAGACCCUCUUCAAAACUCUGGGCCCCGACGGUCGACUACUCUUCCGAUUCAUUUCCAUGUUUGCUGACGAGCUCACGGCUGUCGACAUCAUCGAGAGCCUUAUUCGGAGGUUCCGCAAGGCGUAUAAGAGCCAUGGGACGUGGUCAGAGAAUUUGGUGCAACAGACACCUGAAACGAUCGAGUUGCUACCUAAAGAAGAGCCAGAACCCACUCCUGAACUGCCGGGAUCGGCUUCCUCAUUGCCUGAGACUCCCCUACGCAAAAGGACCAUUUUUACCAUUGAAAACUCGCCACAUCGAUCAGCAUCUUUC